AUGCUCUAUGCUAAAAAAUAUUUACAAACCGUGAUUACCAAGAUUGACUAUUUACAAAUUCCCGUUAUAGGUUCAGCGUCUUCUGAGGAAGGUGGAGCUUCGCACCAAAACAGCGGCAUCGGAAAGAAGUUCGUUCAAAAUGGCAAUGCGGAUACGCUUUUCGUAGGAGUGUAA